AUGAAGAGAAGGCCGCUAUGGGAAAGCGCCACCCCAACUAAAGUCUCCCACCCCAAAGAAAAGAUCAGAGAAGAGUACUACGAGCCCCGACAGCAUUAUGACCAGAACUACGAGAAUGACAAGGAAGGUAGUAGGGCAGUGAACUGCUACGUAGGGAAAGAUUGGUUGCAUGAUCAACCAGGUCAGCCAGCCCGACCAUUGAUCGCGGGAUCAGGUCUUCCCUUUUCCUAUCCCUGA